AUGCACUACCUGUUCCGUCAUCAACUACCUUGCCAACUGCGUCUUGGCAACAGGAAAAACUGCGCGUCUGUUGAUGAGCAAGUCAUGACUGGCUUGUCAGCGUGCAGUGUAGUGUUUCAACGGACUACCUUGCCAACUGCGUCUUGGCAACGGGAAAAACUGCAUAAUGAUAAAAAAUCGAAACAAGUAGAGCUUUUCUGGGAUUUGCAAACGAAGCGCGAAGCACUGCAUAUAGAAGCCAAGAUCUUUGAGGAAGAGGCGCAACUGCGUCGAAAGGAAUUACGAGAAAAACUUCGUCUCGAAGAGACUCGGCAAAUUCUCGAUGCAACGCAAGACAUCCGAAAGCAAGAUCGUUUACUUCGAGAAAGGACGACCAAGAUAAUUGAAAUGCAUCCGCUAGGAGAUUUGGAAAGCGAGCAACCAGAAAUUGGACAGAAACGACGCUACGAAGAAGAAUUACCUUCCACACCAACACGCCAGAUUAAUAAAACUGAUGUUGAUCGACAAAAGACGCCAAAAAGCUGUGAUUCGUCAGAAUCCGACUCGGAAAUUGUACCAACACUUCUGACGAACGUUUUCCUCGCAACUUCUAAUGAGCUAGAAGUGGACAGGAAUAAGACAGACGAAUCAGGCAAAUUGCCGGCACCGAUAAAAGUUAAGAGUCGAACACCGAAGUACAUCACUCGCGAUAUCGCUGAUGAAGUUCUUAAGACAUACCGGAUGAGCGUUCUUGCAGGCGACAAACUGAUACAUAAUAAUGUUGACAUCUUGGACUUGCAUACGAAGGCUGGCGUCAAAAAAAGCCCGCUCAGUAUUGGUGUCAUUAACAUCCAUAAUCCCAGUUGCACGAAGUUUCUCCCGAAAGAUUUUAUGAGUCAUAUUGCCGGUCAAAUUGAAGACCCUGCAAUCAAAAGUGUCGAUUUUGCCAUUGGCCGAAGCAUUCAAAAGUUCAUGGUCGAGUGCAGCGAGGACGUCUUGGCGUUCCUAGACAAAUUCGGCGACAUUAGAGAUCUGACAUCCCUCGGAAGAUGUUUGGACGCAAACCCCAUAAAUAUGUCCGAAGCGUCCAAUGACCUCAUUUACGCGCGGACGCUUUUCGAACACUUUUAUUUGUUAUACAAGAACGACAUCCUGUUACAGCCCAUGUCGGAAAACGAGUAUAACGCGUACAUUUGGACUCCUAUACUUAGAAAUGCUUUCCUCUCAAAGGACGAUCUCAAACUAAGCUGUGGGGAGUUGGCCUCGAAAUCUUACGACAAACUUAAGGAUAUUUUGGACAUUGCUAGUCGUAGUGCGCCGAAACUGGACGGGAAAGGUUUCUUAAAAUCUUUGGGCACGGAAGUCCUGGCCCAGGAAGAUGGGACCCUCAACACGAACGCUAAACGGACCGGUGACCUUGGAAAGCUGGAGUUCUGUUUGAAAGUGAUACUCACAACUCUUUACCUUGCGCUACCUUCUGCUGUCAAGAAUUCUAUCACGGACAUUGAAACUUAUACUCUUCAAUCAAAUGGUUUCCGCCUGAAAAUAUCUGCGUCGAAAUAUCUAUUUGAAGACACAAUUAUUAGUAUGGAUCUACAGCACGUGGAAGUUCCGAAGACAGUCGAAGGUUUCUCAAAACUGGUAGUAGGCGCGAAAGUAAUUCUUUCUUGGAAGGCAAGGACAAGGAAAAAUAUAAUGACUUUCCAUGAAGCACUGAACAAAGGGCAUAAACGUUUAACAAAUGGGGUGUUCUUUUCUCCAGUCAAGGUUGUAAUCAACUCUGAUGUAAAUUGA